AUGGAGGAAGAAAGCUGGAAAAGUGAGGAAUUUGAUGAAUUACCCUCUUCGGGUAAGCCGAGGAAUCAUUCCUCGCCUCAAAGAUCUUCUUCUACAAUUUUCAACAAUCUGCGCGGAUUAAAACGCCUCGUUUGCUCUGGUGUGUUUUUGAAAGGAUCUGCUUUCGCCGUGGGCUUCUCGAAUCCCAGCAAAGGACCCCGCGCUAUAAUGGCAAUAAUCCUUUUGCUUUUGGAUAUAUGUUACGUUUUUUACUCUGUUUAUUGUACUUUUAUCUGCCACUCGUUUGAAACUCCCCUGAACUCUUUGAUUUGUGGAAAUAUAUCCUCAACAAAUUCAUCGUCUGCAAGUUUACGGAAUGUUUUGCUUGGAUUUGACCCUCUUGGCAUUCUGACGUUGGUUUUAUACUCCGCUGUACUGAUGUCAAACGCAACAUUCUUUUGGUGUAUGUGGAAAUUGCCACAAAGAACAGUUCAUUGCGUGACUUUAGAAAAAGCUUUCUCUGCAGCGGGGCGCUCUACUUGGGUCACGCUAAAUUUAACGAUGUUGAUUUUUUGCAUUUGUCUUCUUACAAAAAUAUUUUGGUUCAAUUUCACCUUCAAGGAAUCAAAUUAUCUCAUAAAAAUAGCAGUUUCCUUUAGAAUUAUACCUGUCUGGGCUAUCCUCACCACUUCCUGGAUAUUUGUGAUAAUAACUAACGCAAUGAAACAUUGCGUGACACGGUGCAAAGCAGAAAUUCAACACGCCACUGAUCACAGCCUAGAUGACAUCAUACGUAUUCAUAAACGUCUUUGCAAACAGAUGUCAAGCACAUCCGAGUCCUUGAAGGUCUGGUUUGUAACUCACUGGUUUAUGUUCGCUAUAACGACUGUCAUUUAUGUUGCAAGCAUGGUAUCGUUUUUUCAGGAGGCCGUAGAUUGGUACAGCCUGUACAAGCAUCUCCUUGUGAGUCUGCUACACCUUUAUGUAUUUGUAUACCCAAGCUACUGUGCUGCAUCUGUAACAACGCAGUGUAAUCGAAUGCUUAGGGGACUGAACAUGACAACAGAUGAAGACUGGCCCACAGGACACCCAUUCUGCAACCGCUCCCAGCUGGCACUCUUCCUACAGUAUGCACAGUACACCAACUGUGGCUUUCAAGUUGGAGAGAUUACUUUUGGUUCUAAUUUCGCUUGGUUUUCAACUCUAAUUGCAAUGUGUGGCUUGGGUGUGAAAGUCUUGUGA